UCAACAGAGUUACGUUUCGACUUGCUCUUGCUACAAUGAUCUCAGACUUUGGUGGUAGUGUAAUCCAAUUGAUCGCUUCAACCCUUGCAUCUCCCACCGGCCCAUCAUGUACAAUUGCUAUCUGGGGAACUGUAUUUUUUAGUCUUAUGUCAAUUUUUUUCCCUGCUUGUAUUGCUAUGAAUCUACAAAUCAUGUUCAUUCAUGAGUACAGAGGUAGACGUAAAUUAGAAAUGUUUUAUUACAUAGGUUCAAUUACUUUAGCUUCAAUUCUAUCAUUGAUUCCGUUCUCCGAUAACAUGUAUGGUUGGGAUGCACCCGAAGGAGCAUGCUUUUUCCGUGACUCGGGUACAAAAUUGAGUAUUAUAUGGCAAUGGGCAUCAUUUUACACUUGGGAAAUAAUUUGUAUAUUAUAUUGUAUAAUAACAAUAAUAUGUGUUACGGUGAAAUUAUACAAAGUGUCAAGUCAAUCAGUAAGCACUAAUAUUAGUGGUCAAACAGUAACAAGUAGAUAUGAUAAGAAUGUUUUAAGGAACAAGGCCAUCAUAUCAUUAGUGGUUAAAAAGGUUAUAUGGUAUCCUGUUGUGCCUAUAAUAACUCAGGGACCAAAUUUUUUAGUUGAAACUGACGUUUAUGUUAACCAUACUAUCAAUUAUGGAUUUUUAAUACUGUCUACUCUCCUCUCAUUUCAAG